GUGUGUAUGUACGUGCUUCGGGAGGCUAGGCUUUAUUUCGUGCGGUGCCAGACUUUUUAUUUUUUGAAAAAGUAAAGGAUCUGGCGAGAGAGCUCCGAGCGAUCGUCGCCCACCUGCCUGUUUGUCACAAUGUACAAUACAGUGUGGGAUAUGGAUCGCGAUGAUACGGACUGGAGGGAGGUGAUGAUGCCGUAUUCCACCGAGCUGAUAUUCUAUAUCGAAAUGGACCCUCCAGCUCUUCCUCCAAAGCCCUCCAAACCAAUAACUUCUAUAAAUACAAAUGAGAUAAAAGAGAACUGCAGCUCUCCAUUGCAGGAAGCGGAAUGGUACUGGGGAGACAUUUCAAGAGAAGAGGUAAAUGACAAACUCCGAGACAUGCCAGAUGGAACAUUCUUGGUGCGAGAUGCAUCAACAAAGAAACAGGGAGACUAUACACUCACGCUCCGGAAGGGUGGCAACAAUAAAUUAAUAAAAAUUUAUCAUCUGGAUGGGAAAUAUGGCUUUUCUGAUCCGCUGACAUUUAAUUCUGUUGUGGAAUUGAUUAACCACUAUCAUCAUGAAUCUCUUGCCCAGUAUAAUCCUAAACUUGAUGUGAAGCUGAUGUAUCCUGUAUCUAAAUAUCAGCAGGAUCAGUUGGUAAAAGAAGAUAAUAUUGAUGCUGUGGGCAAAAAGCUUCAGGAAUACCACACUCAAUAUCAAGAGAAAAGUAAAGAAUAUGACAGAUUAUAUGAAGAAUAUACCAGAACAUCACAGGAAAUUCAGAUGAAGAGGACAGCAAUAGAAGCUUUUAAUGAAACAAUUAAAAUAUUUGAAGAGCAGUGCCACACCCAAGAACGGUAUAGCAAAGAAUACAUUGAACGAUUUCGAAGAGAAGGGAAUGAGAAAGAAAUUGAACGGAUUAUGAUAAAUUAUGAAAAAUUGAAAUUACGCCUGGGUGAGAUUCAUGAUAGUAAGAUGCGACUGGAACAAGAUUUGAAGAAGCAAGCUCUGGACAACCGAGAAACAGACAAGAAAAUGAACAGUAUCAAACCUGAUCUUAUCCAGUUACGCAAAAUCAGAGAUCAGUACCUUGUCUGGCUUAAUCAUAAAGGAGUAAGGCAGAAACGAAUUAAUGACUGGCUGGGAAUCAAAAAUGAAACUGUUGAUGAUACAUAUUUUAUGAAUGAGGAAGAUGAAAAUCUGCCACAUUAUGAUGAAAAGACUUGGUUUGUGGGAGACAUCAAUCGCAUCCAAGCAGAAGAUUUGCUUUGCGGGAAACCUGAUGGAGCAUUUUUAAUUCGAGAAAGUAGCAAGAAAGGCUGCUAUGCUUGUUCUGUGGUAACUGAAGGCGAAGUUAAACACUGUGUGAUCUACAGCACUCCAAGAGGUUAUGGGUUUGCAGAGCCAUAUAACCUAUAUAGCACCCUUAAAGAAUUAGUCCUGCAUUACCAGCAUACCUCUCUCGUCCAACACAACGACUCUCUAAAUGUCCGUCUUGCUUAUCCUGUCUACGCACAGAUGCCCUCCCUUUGUAGAUAAAUUUUAGGAAAAUGAAGUAUAGGUGAAGUGUUGGUUAUCUCGAAUUUCUUUUCUACAAUUUUUAUUAGAACCCAGAGGGCAUUCUUUCUCCUUAGACUGCUUGUUUUGCACAAGAAGUGAUAUGAUGAAUGUGAAUUGGAAACUUAGCAGCAACAGCUUCGGGAGAGGUACCAUAGUGCUACCUGAAGAUCAGCUGUGUUCAUAAGGAGACUGCCUCUUGCUUUCCCAAAAAGAACAAGAAAACUCUCUCAAACUCUGUGUUUAAAAAUCCAUUGAAGCAAAAUUGAGGAAACGUUUUUGCUUGGCACCAUCAAUGGAAUUUCUACAUGGAUUUUUCUUUUCUGAGGUAUUGGUAACGUCUUUCAGUCUUAAACUCCAGGAAAAUAGGAGGAAGGCUCAUCUAAAGAAGCUUUUCCUUGUUAAUUUUAGCAACUUUGCUGCAAAUUAGAAUAACUUACAAAUGAGGGCUCAUCUUGAUGUAGCAUGGUAUUUGGUGAGGAGACCAAAGGAACUUUGGGGGAAGUUUCAGGUUCAUUCUUAAGAGAAUAUCCUCAAAGAAAUGUUGCUUUAUAUAUUAACAACAAUAACAAAGUUUCAGUUUCAACAGCACUACAGAUCUUCAAAUUUAAAAAAGCAAACUUUAUCCAACAAAACUUCUCUCAUUGCUGGACUGAGCACUUAUGGGGAUAAUUGCAUUUGCAAUCGCACACUUGCCAAAACUUGAAGAGAAAAUUAUGAAAGCUACAACUUUCUCAUGUCAUUUUUAUAACUGACCUGAUGUAACUGCACCACUUUUCCCCAUUAGUUUUUAACAUUUUUCUUUUCUUAUAACUAUUUCAGAUGUUCUUUUUAAAAGAUACUAAGCUUUGGAAUGUAUACUAGAAUGAAGCGGGCUCUUGGCAUGUUUUUUAAAAUGCUUAAUAAUUUUUGCUGUUUUGAAAACAUUGUUUGAUUUUGUUUUUAUAAAAAAAAAUUCUUGAAAAGUGCAAUGGAUUGCUUCUCAGUGGCUUGCUAAACCAAAAAAAAAAAAACCUCCCAUGAGUGCAGUCUAUAUAUUAUUAAAACUGGCUACAAUAAUUUUACUUGUAAUAUAUUUGACUUGCACCCUAAACCAUUAAUUCCAUUGCACAGAUUGUAUACGUAUCCUUAUAAUUCAUUGUUGUUUUACCAUCAAGCAAAUAUUUGGGUAACUGAAUUUUGUCAGACUGCUCAAGCUAUAAAAGUGGUAGAAUUUAUCAGAAUAUAAACAGCUCUGCUUGGUUUUCUGCUGUCAUCAGAUCCAUCUAGAUUCUGUGUAACAUCAAAUAAUAAUAGCAAAUAAUGAGAACUGGAUCCACUAGACUGAGAAUUUGUGCUGAAUUUGUGCUCCUAAAAAGGCUGUCAUUUUGUCACUACACAUAUGAUUUUCUUGAAUCUUCUCUUUAUACUUGAGCUAGAACAAUUACUUACACAAAGGGGGAAACAAGCAAAUUCAGCAUGAAGUGCAUGCCAGGGGAUUGGGACAUGGACCUCUUCUGUCUUUACCUUUCUUUCAUGACAUCUUGAGCCCCAGACUGUUACAAAUGUUUACAUAUAGCAGAAUGCACUACAGAAAGCAUACGUAUUAUGCAGAAUAUGAAAUUGCUAAACAGAAAUUGAAAAAUCUUGAGUUCUAAUCAUCAGCUGGAGGGGCCAAAGUAGAAAUGCUUAAUAUGUCCCAACAGCACUUCUGAUUUGCACUAUUCUACUGCCAUUUAAGCCAAGAGCUGCAGUAGUCUCUUCAGAAAAAAAAACCCUGGAUUGACCGUAGUUCUUUGUGAAAAGAACUGUAGCUGUGUAAUCCCUAGGCUUCUGCAUAGAUAAUGAAUGACCCUUUCCCAUCCUCUGAAAUAAAAGUCUGGACACCACACUUUCCUUUUACUCACCAGCAAAACUUCUACUGCUAAGUGUGAUUUUGAAUUUGCUAGUUUUCAAAAAUAGCAUGGAGAUCCUGGUCUGAUCUGGCACUUGUUCAUUUUUCAAGUACUGGUUAGGCUACAAAAGUCAAAUGUCAACAUCAGUGGAACUUUUCUGGGCCUUCAGUAAUCAAUUUUGCUGUUUAAAAUAUAACUAAACAUAAAAUGGAUUGCCAGUAGAAAAAUCUACCAACUCCCGCUAUUAUGAAUAAAUUUCACCUUGUUUACCCAUUCGAGCUCACCAGAAUUUGUUGAUUUCAGUAAAUUCUGAAAUGUACACUUCCUUUAAACAUUAUCUAUUUCAUGUACAUCUCCGGAACCACCGUGAUCCAAUUUAUGAAUAUGGCUGUAUUCUUUUCCACUCUUUAAAGCCUAAUUGAAAUAUAUAGGGAACAUGUUUUAACAUCUGCAUUCAGCUUCAGCAGGCAUUCUUGAUUUAAUGUCCUUGAGUGCAAUAUUA